AUGGCUGAAACAGCGAACAAGAAAAUCGAUCAGGCUGAGCUACAGAAGAUGAAAAGAGAACUGGAGGGCAAGAAUCUGCCAGAAGCAGUUCAAAAGAUUAAAAAUCUCUUAGAAGAGCAAGAUCAUGUGGAGUUGAACAUUGCUGUUACUGGGGAGUCAGGCUCUGGUAAAUCCUCAUUCAUCAAUGCCUUCCGAGGAAUAGGUGAUGACGAGGAAAAUUCUGCCAAAACUGGAGUUGUUGAGACUACAAUGGAGCCAAAAGCUUACCCACAUCCCAAAUACACAAAUGUAAAAUUAUGGGAUCUGCCUGGGAUAGGAACAGAAAACUUCAAAGCUAGUCAAUACCUUGAAACAGUUGGUUUUCAGAAAUAUGAUUUUUUUAUCAUUGUUGCUUCGGCCCGAUUCAGAGAGUGCCACGCUCAGCUGGCCUCUGAAAUGAUAAAAAUGAAGAAGAAGUUUUAUUUUGUCCGCAGCCAGAUUGAUAACAGCAUCAAAUGUGAAAAAAGAAAGAAGGGAUUCGACCAGAACAAGACGUUGAACGACAUCAGGGCUGAUUGUCAAAAAGGACUCCAGAAAUUUGCUUUAAGCUCCACUCAUAUCUUUUUGAUCUCUUCCUUUGAACCAGAGCUCUAUGAUUUUGGCCAUCUCCAGGAGACCUUGGCAAGUGAGCUCUCUGAGCAAAAGAGACAUGUGCUCAUGCUAGCACUGCCAAAUGUAACAAGUGGGAUCAUUGAAAAGAAGAAGGAAGAACUGGAGGCUAACAUAUGGAAGGUGGCUCUCCUAUCUGCUGGUGCAGCUGCUGUUCCAGUCCCUGGUCUCUCAAUUGCAGUGGAUGUUGGUAUCUUGGUGAAGGAGAUCGAAAGAUACACCACAGCUUUCAGUUUUGAUGAGGAGUCACUAAAAAGAGCUUCUGCCAGAUCAGGGAGGAGCUUGGAGGAGAUCAGGGAGGUGCUGAAAUCUCCUCUGAUGAAAGGCAUGAGCAUACACGCAUUAGUCAUGAUGCUGCUAGGUUCUGCUGUGUUAGUUGCAGAGGAAACUGCUGAGAGAGUUCUCAGCUUCAUCCCCAUCCUGGGAUCUUUGGCAGCUGGAACAUUAUCCUUUGUCACAGUUAGACACAUGUUGCAGAAGUGCCUCAAUGAAAUGGCUGAGGAUGCCGAAACAUUGCUCAAGAUGACAUUUGAGACCGCAGUUUGA